AUGCGAAGACCAAAGAGGAAGAUUUCAGGCCUGGCUGGUGAGGGACCCAGGUCAGCCUGUGGCCUGGAGAGGAUGUGCUUAGGGGAUGAGGAGGAGGGAGAGCCUUCAGCACCCUUUUAUAUGAAGUGUGGGGUAACUAGGCCCUAUCGCAGUCUCAUCCUUACCUGCGCUCUCCUGGGUUUUGCUCUUCUGUGGUGGGCCUUCAGCCUGUCCACCUGGGUGAAGAUAGAGAUCCCAGACAACUCCCAAGUCCUGUUCAGUGCUCUGUUUGCAAUCUGCAGUGGCAAGAUCACAUGUUGGGCUCCGCUAUCCAAAUCAUACUAUUUCAUAUUUGGUCGAAUUUUCAUGAUCAGCGGCCUCUUUCUGGCCUUCAUUGUGAACAUCACCCUUCUGGCCUUCCCUCACUUUCUUCCUGACACCAGGGAGCAGUGCUUUGUCUUCACCAUCACCUUCUCUGUCAUAGGUAUCUGUGUGCUCCUUGCAUUACUGCUGCACUCUCUGCAUAUUUUGAAAGUAACUAACAUAUUCAAGGAAGUGAAAAUCACCUUUCUCUAUCCCUCUGUCAUCCUUUCAGUCAGCAUCAUACUGUUUUUCUUAUCUGGAAUUCUCUGCUUCUUCAGCUCCCACCACUGUUGGUUUUGGUGUGUUCUACAGCGACCCAUCCAAGUGAAACCCAAGCCAACAUCGGGGGCCAGUGGGAGCCCAGUGACAGUCACUGAAAGUAAACCGGGUGGAGACAGCUAGCCUAACCUCAGUGGUGAGAAGAGUAACCGUAGAAACAUCAUGUCGGGCCUGUAACUCAAGACUUCACAGCUACACACACUCUCUUGUUAGUUACUGUGUAAGCCUGGGAAGAGUUUGCCUGUUCCUGGCCA